AUGCCUGGGAAAGGUAUUGGAGCACGUGGUCCUCACAAGGCUGACCAACUACCUCGAGGACAGCAACCUGCUUCCCCACACGAUGUUGGGGUUCAGGCGAAACUUCUCUACGCAGGACGCGAUGCUACAGAUAAACACCAGGUGAUUGAAAGCCCAACCAGGUCCACCAAGGCCAUACUUGGCCUGGACCUGAAGAAGGCCUUUGAUAACGUAACGCACGCAACCGUACUGGCCAAAAUGCAGGAACUCGGCCUCGGCGAACGAACGUACAACUACGUUCGAGAUUUUCUCACGAAUAGAAAGGCCAAGCUCACUUUCGGGGAGCUUACUUCCGAGAAAAUAGAGUUGGGUAGCGCCGGUACACCACAGGGAUCGGUCAUAUCGCCCAUGCUUUUUAACAUAGCUCUCGUGGGGUUGCCAGCCAAGUUACAAGAAAUCGAAGGGCUCAAUCACAGCCUUUACGCCGACGACAUUACGUUGUGGGUUACGGAGGGCUGUGACGGGCACAUAGAACAGAGGUUACAGCGUGCGAUCGAGACUGUUGAGCAAUACUUAAAGAACACCGGCCUGAGCUGCUCAGCGGAAAAAUCUGAACAUUUAGUUUACAAACCCACGCGAAGAGGCCGCAAGCCGAAAGGCUCGAUGAAUGAUAAGGAUCCCAGUAGCGAGAUACGAUUAAGCACGUCCGGCGGGCGACCCGUGCCCAGGGUAGAUAACAUACGCGUUUUGGGAUUACACAUCGCGGCAAACGGCCACAACGGCGAGACCAUCAGAAGACUGGAAGGCGCGGUCGCUCAGACCAUCAGGUUACUGAGACGCACAGCCAACCGACACAGCGGGAUGAAAGAGAGCAAUAUGAUCAGACUAGUUCAGGCCUUCGUAAUGAGCCGAAUAACGUACGUGGCACCCUACCUCAAGUGGCAGGUCACGGAGAAGACAAAGAUGGAAGGCUUAAUCAGGAAGGCUUACAAACAGGCAAUAGAGCUACCGAUCAACAGGAGCACGAGAAAGUUACUAGAUCUGGGUCUACACAACACGCUGGGAGAAUUGAUAGAGGCACAGAACAUCGCGCAGUACGAACGCCUUUCCAAGAGCCCGACGGGCAGAUACAUACUAAAGAGGUUAGGAAUAGGGUAUCACGCUCAGCAUGGUGUCAAACUCGACGUACCAAGCAACGUCAGGGAUAAAUUGGUCGUUCUUCCCUUUCCGAAGAACAUGCAUCCCGAAUACCACAGGGGUCGGAGGGAAAAGAGAGCACAGGACAUACAGAAGAAGUAUGGCAACUGUAGAGAUGCGGUGUUCGUGGACGCGGCCAGAUACGCACGCAGGCGCGGCUUCGUGGCCGCGGUAAUAGAUCAUGACAACGCUUGCACGACAAGCGUCACGGUACGCACUGAGCACGUAGAGACAGCGGAGGAAGUGGCUAUCGAGCUCGCGGUGGCCACCACCGCGGCCGAAGUGGUAAUUAGCGACUCCCAGACCGCAGUCCGCAACUUUUCCAACGGCCGCGUCUCCUCCGAGGCGUUACGAAUUCUGCUUGCGGGCAAAACCGAGAAUAGGGACGUUUACAUCUUAUGGGCACCCGCACACACCACUUCGCUCGCCGGCAACGAGGAGGCGCGCGGGGCGGCUCGAGGGCUUACGGACCAAGCCGCCACCGUCAACAUCGCCGCCGCCUCGGCCGCGACGUCGGGCGGGGAGUGGGAGGAUCGCCUCACUAGUUUUCGAGACAUAACACAACAUUACAGAUUGGCCAGGUGCAAAUUUCCGCCACCACACCAAAAACUGAACAAGAAGCAGGCGGUCACGUGGCGACAGCUGCAGACCAGAACGUUUCCGAGCCCAGCGAUCUUGAAUCUCUGUUACCCAGAACUUUAUUCGAUGACCGACAAGAUUAUUGAUGUCGGUGCCCCGUCCAUAUCUGCAAUCGACAGACGCGAUUCUUCCCACUUUGCGCCGGUCCGCGAUGACCGCUUGGACCCCCUCCUUCAAGCUAACGAGGAGCUGAACCGCAAAGUGAACCAGCUGGCCGCUGAACUGAGCUUGCUGAAAGCAGACCACUGA